AUGAGCUCACGUGUCUAUAUUUGCUAUGCCGCCAGUAAGCUGUUGGAUUCAGUAUGCAUCCACAGCGGAGGGUCAAACACACUUAUACUACCACAGGGAAUGAGGCCCAUGGUCUUCAACUCUGCUGAGUAUCAGAGCCGCAAGUUGUUUUGCAUAGAGAAAAGUAUUAUUCAACAAGAACUAUGCGAUCAUUGGGUAGACACUAACAUCAUCGAGCAGCUAUGCUGA